AUGGGCAACAAAUACAGAAUCAUGGUGGACAUCGUGCUUACUUGUCGGCUCUUCAAAGAAAUUGAGACAAAUUCUAAGGAGUUCACCAUUAACAUCAACACUGGUGAUUAUAUUGCCAACCUCAAAGAAAAAAUUUGCAAGGAAGUCAAGAAGACAAAUAACGAAUUCUUAGAUAUUGAAGCUGAUGGCUUAAGUUUAUGGAAAGUCGAAAUUGAUAAUAACAAUGAUGACGAGUUUUCCAGUCUUGUCUUGCCGAAUGAUAAUUUGACUAA